AUGAAUAGAGCAAGAUUUUUAGUGCAUUUGGCGACUAGGAAAGGCGAUGAAGUUUCAAAUAAUAAUUAUAAUACAUGGUAUAGAAAAGAUACUUUAGAUUUAAUGCCAAUACUUGUACCCAAUGAGACUAAAUGCGUAGACGAUGAUUUUAUAAAUGGAUUUCCUUCACAUGACGUAUUAAAUGAGAUUCAGAAAAACAUUUUAAAAAUUUCGCAAUUUAAAUCAUUGAAUGAAAUAACACAAAAUCAUCAAGGAAAAGAAAAAACAACAGAUGAUAAACAAAGUUACCUAGUUAAGAAAUGGAUACAAUCUACUGACUUUCAUUUUUCAAGUCUCAAAGAUCCUGGUAAAGGGUCAGAUCCAAGUGAAAAAGAAUAUGAAGAGCUUCUGCCUUUAAAAGUUAUUCAAACACCUCUGAUAUGCAAUGAAAGUAAAUUUAGUGACCUUCAUUUUUCAAGUUCCAAAGACCCCGGUAAAUGGUCAGAUUCAAGUGAAAAAGAAUAUGCAGAGCUUCUGCCUUUAAAAGUUAUUCAAACACCUCUGAUAUGCAAUAAAAGUAAAAGCAUUAUUAGAGUUAAUUCCGAAACUUUAUCAGAAUCUUCUAUGCAGUCACAAGAAAUUAAUAUAAUACAAAAAAUUGAAAUUCAUUCAAAUGAUGUCGAAAAUACACAAAUUUUAAAUGAAGAUUUUAUAAGUGACUCUGAAAGCGAUGAUUCACGAGAUAAAGAUUUUGAAGUAAGAGACUUGACUGAUAGUAGUUCAAGCACUACUUCAGAAAAUACAAUAACCGGUGACUCAUGCAAAACUUAUCAAAUAAAUUCUCAACCGCUUUCCGAAAAAAUUAAAGCAAAAAGAGUUCUUGAAAAAAAACAAUUUAGAUGCAAAUUUUGUGAUGAAGAUUUGCUUUCACAAAAUUUUAUGAGACACUUAGAGAGGCAUCAUGGUUCAGAAAAAGAAAUUGAAGACAUAUUGAAACUGCCUAAAAAUAGUAAAGAUAGACGGCUAGCACUUUCAUUACUUCGAAAAGAUACAAAUUUUCACCUUCAUAUAUCCGGAAUAACACGUCCUUUUAGGAAAUCUAACAAAGAAUCUUUAGGAAAACUUGAUUACUAUCCGUGUAUUUAUUGCAAAGGUUUAUUUCGACAACCCUAUUUGAAAAGGCAUACCAAAAGGUGUACCUCUAAGCCAAGUAGCUCUAAGCAAUCAGGUGGUAGAAUGGAUUAUAUAUCAAAUUCACAAACAGUCGUGGCUUGUGCCAGUGAUCCCACAGAAACUUUAUCAAAACUAAAUGUUAAAUGCCAGGUAUUUGACAAAAUGAAAGGGGAUGAAAUCUCUUUUGAAGUUAAAAAAGAUCUUCUAAUUGCUCAUUUUGGGGAGACGUAUUUAAAAAAACAUAAAAAAGAACGAAUGGCAUAUGCGUGUAGUAACCGAAUGAGGGAGUUGGCAAGACUGCUUAUUUCCUACAGAAAAGAAACUAAUGAUGGUCAAGUUUGUUUUAAAGAUAUCCUUCACCCGAAAAAUUUUGACAAUGUUUUAAAGGCCGCAAGAAAUAUUGUAGGAUAUGACCCCAUUAAAAAAACAUUUAAAUCUCCCAGCCUUGCAAUGCAUCUUGGCACCUCUUUGAAAAUUUCUUGCGACGAGUUAACACAUCUUAUUUUAAAAGAAAAUCGAGGUUUUAAAUGUAAAUCAGAAGCGCACGUACCAAUAUGGCUAAGAAACGUAAAAAAUUUUAAAAAAUUGAUCGAGUCUCGGUGGAACAGCGAACUAGCUUCUUUAGCUAAUAAAGACCUUCAAGAAAAAAGGUGGACUAAACCUUUGCUGUUGCCUCUAGUAAACGACAUAAAAAUCUUCCGAGACCAAUGUCUGAAAAAUGCUAACGAUUGUGCUGAAACAUUUACAAAACAAAAAGAUGAUAUCAAAACUUACAAAUUACUGGUUAAUUGCACCUUAGCAUUGCUAAUUCUGUUUAACAGGCGACGAAUUGGUGAUGUCCAGUUCCUCAAAAUUGAAGACUAUAAAAAGGACCAGCGUAGUAAUUGCGCUCCAGAGUUUGAACAUGUAUUAUCAGAAACGGAAUUAAUGUUAACUACCAAAUAUAAACGUGUAUUGAACAGUGGGAAAGGCUCUAGAGCUGUCGUAAUUUUAUUACCGAAGAUUCUUCAAAAUUAUGUAAAUAUACUAUUAAAAACUAGAGAAAAGUAUAUAUCUUCAGAUAACGAAUAUGUUUUUGCCAUUCCUGGAAGCAGCGUUCCAUGGGGCAAAGGAGACGUUGCCAUUCGAUCUCUUGCAAGUAAAAUGAAUUUGGAAAAUCCCCAUUUAAUAACAAGUAAUAAAUUAAGAAAGCAUAUUGCAACUAUAAUGCAAAUACUUAGCUUAUCCAAGGACGAAGCCAAACAAUUUUCGCAAUUCAUGGGUCACACAGAAAAAACCCAUAAUGAAUUUUAUGAGUUGCCGGUUGAUAUUUAUCAAACCGCAAAAGUUUCUAAACUUUUACUUAUGAUGGAGAAAGGUGCAAUUCCCAUGGAAUACAAAGGAAAGUCACUCGCUGAAAUAAAUUUUGAUAUUAACUUGGAGUAUGCCGAAGAAAAUAACGAUGAUUUAGAUGACGAUACUGAUGAAAAUAGUAAUAAUAAUAAUGACGACCUUGAAGUAAAAAAAAUUUCUGAAAAUAAAAUACCACCAACUAUAACAAAAAAAGGAUGGACUCCAGCCGAAGUGGAUGCUUUAAAGAAGGAAUUUGAUUCGUAUUUAAAAAAAUUAAUUUAUCCAUCUGGUCGACAAAUAAAAGAUUAUAUUCAAAAAAACAAUAUAAAUCGCCCCAUUACAGCCGUUAAAUCCAAACUGCAACAUUUAAUGGCAAAAAAAGAAUUGAAUAAUGAAGAAGAUGCUGUCUUGUUAGAAAGUCCUACAUGUAAUACAUACCCUAAGGUAAUUGUUAAUAAUAGAAAAAUUAAUAAAACCAAACUAUCCCAACAGAAACAAGUUGUUUUAGAGUUCUUCAAAAGUCAUAUCAAACAAAAAAGGCCACCUAAAAGAUCAGAAUGCGAAGAAUUAAGGGUCAAAUAUUCAGAUCUUUUAAGUAACAAGCCGUGGACGAAAAUAAAAGUUUUUAUUCAAAACACAUACAAAAAAAUGGAUUAG